AUGGGCUCAGUGAAUCGAUCGAUUGCUCGCUACGAGACCACUGCCGUGUACACGCACCCCGAUGCCAAAGUCGACAUUGUCCUCGUCCACGGCCUGAACGGCACCCCCGACAUGACGUGGACCGCCAAGAACGGCAUCUUUUGGCCCCUGGACCUUCUGCCCGCGUCGCUCAAGGGUGCCCAAGCCAACAUCUUGGUAUACGGAUACAACGCCGAUGUCUAUUCGAGGAAGAACGACCGCAGUGCGAGCGACAACUUCACCCACCAGCAUGCGCAGACCCUCGUGACGAGCCUGACACUCUUCCGCAGGAGCGAGGGCACGUUCAAGAAUCCCAUCAUUUGGGUAUGCCACAGCCUGGGCGGCAUCAUGGUCAAGAGGGCCCUGCUAUAUUCCAACGACCUGCGGACGGCGCACCACGAGGACUACCGCUCCAUCUACGUCUCAACCUAUGGCCUCUUCUUCCUCGGCACGCCACACACGGGCUCCGACAUGGCGACGUGGGGCUUGGUGCUGCAGGGCAUGUCCGACGCCAUUGUGCCCAAGAGGUUUUUCGAGUCCGAGUCGGUACUCCUCAAGACUCUCAAAAAAGACAGUGAGACGCUGUCGAAUAUCAACAACCAUUUUCUGGACAUUUACCAGCGUUUCCGCAUCCACAUGGUGCACGAGAACCACAAAACGGACAUUAAAGGCACCAAGAUCAUCGUGGUUGACGCCAAUUCGGCCAGCCCCCAGCUCCCCGGCGUGACGUACUAUGGGGUCGAGGCGACGCACGCGCACAUGUGCAAGUUUGCCAGCGCCAGCGCCCCCGGCUUUCGCGCCCUGUCCACCGACAUCAGACAAUGGGUCCUCGAUGCGCCGUCGCUCAUCGCCGUGCGCUGGGAAGUGGAGGGCUUAGAGAGGGCUGCGCGGAUACACAACGAGAUUCACGAGAGAAUGUCUCCGUUUAUGUCGCCGCUGCCGGGUGCUUACACCGCCAACACACGCAGGGAGAGCGGCAUUUCUUCGCUGUCCUCGCCGUUGCCGCCCCUGCCCCCGUCGCCGCCGCCGCCGCCCCCAACGGCUCAUACGGUCCCCAGUGCGUUGCUGGCGGCGGCGGCGAGGCAGGACGGGCUCGUGCUGCUGGACGGCAUGAGUCACGGCCUGGAGCCGGCCUACAGGUUGCGAAGCUGA